AGCUCACGCUGCUGUCUUUCUAUCGCUCGCCUCAUUCUCUGAAACGCAGUGAGAUGUUGUAAACUCUGUUUGUUAAAUCCGGUGACAGAGUGCAGUUUAAUACAGGCUGCUGUGUAGACGCUUUUCUGCAGGCGGGCUAUAGAGGAAACAACGUGCUUUGAAUGCAGAGCAGACUUUCUCUAGUGCCGCCCGGGCUCCAGUCAAAGCCAUAAAACGGAGAAAUCACUCCAACGGAGCGCAUUACAGAUUCACUUCAAUUAAAGGCUUCGUCUUCCUGCCUUUAUUCGGAGGACAUCAGGCUCUGGGCUAUUCAAGAAGAAGAGCGGGAGAGGGACAUUAAAAUAAAGCACAUCCGAGGAGAGCAGCUAAGGAGAGAUUCCGCGCUUUGAGAUGCUUUAGUGGUUUUACCAGACUCAUGGCUUCGCUUUACCAGAGAUUCACGGGGAAGAUUAAUACCAACAAAUCUUUCCCCCAUCCACCUGAAGCCAGUCGUCUCCUGGGUGGACAUGUUCCCGAAGAGGAGAAUAAGACUGGGAAGAGUCCUCAUCACCCCUCAUCCCGACCCCCGGCUCAGUACCGCAAGAGAAACGCCUGCGAGGAUGAAGACGAGCUGGUUGGCAGUAGCCCUCCGCAGAGGAACUGGAAGGGAAUCGCCAUCGCCCUGCUGGUCAUCCUGGCCAUCUGCUCUCUGAUCGUAACCUCCGUCAUUCUAUUCUCACCAAGUAAUGAUGACAGUCUGGCCUCCAAGAAGAAAGUCACGAUUGAGGACAUGUUCAGUGGGAAGCUCCAGGCACACGACCCUGAGGCAGCAUGGAUUAGCGACACUGAGCUGCUGUACCGUACCCCUGACGGCAAUGUGAUGGAACUCAAUGUGCUGUCCAAAACCAACAAGACUUUGGCAGAGGGCAAGAUGUUCGAGAGUUUCAAAAACCAGGGAUCCUACAAACCGAUCAAACUCCAAGUAUCUCCUGAUCUAAAAUAUGUGCUGGUGGCCUACAAUAUUGAACCGCUUUAUCAGUAUUCCUUCACGGCCUAUUACAUCAUCUGCAGCCUUGAUUCUCCAGAGAAAGUGGAGCUGACCCCUAAUGAGGUGCAGAGCACCGUACUGCAGUACGCCGGAUGGGGUCCCAAAGGACAGCAACUGAUUUUCAUCUUUGAGAAUAACAUCUACUACAAAGCACAAGUGAACAGUCCAUCAAUCCGCCUGGUGUCCACAGGCAGUCUGAGAGUCGUAUUUAAUGGACUUGCUGACUGGCUCUAUGAAGAGGAGAUCUUCCAGAGUCACAUCGCUCACUGGUGGUCACCAGAUGGUCUCAGACUGGCAUAUGCCACCAUCAAUGAUACUCUGGUGCCCAGGAUGGAGAUACCCAUGUUCACAAACGCGCUGUAUCCCAGCGGACAGGAGUACCGCUACCCUAAAGCCGGGGAGGAGAACCCUGAUAUCUAUUUGUCAGUGGUGAGUCUGAACGGCCCUUUACACACAGUGAGGAUGAGGAAACCAGAGGACCCCAGGAUCAGGAAAGAUUACUACAUCACCAUGGUGAAGUGGGCAACCAGCACCAAACUAGCAGUAAACUGGCUGAACCGAGCACAGAACAACUCCAUUCUGACCUUGUGUGAGGCCACAACAGGCAUCUGCACAAAGAAACAUGAAGAUGAGAGUGACAGCUGGCUUCACAGACAGAACGAACCCCCGCUGUUCUCCAGAGACGGAUACAGGUUCUUCUUCACCCGAGCCGUUCCACAGGGAGGCAGAGGGAAGUUCUUCCACAUAUCCAUGUCCACUUCCCAGCCCAACAGCAGCACAGACACGCUACAGUCGCUGACGUCAGGAGACUGGGAUGUGACGCAGAUUUUAGCCUACAACGAGGACACCAAACUUGUAUACUUUCUGAGUACAGAAGAUGAUGCAAGACGGCGUCAACUCUACAGCGCCAACACCACAGGAUCCUUUAACCGCCGCUGUCUUUCCUGUAAUUUAAGCUGUGGAUACAUCAGCGGAUCAUUCAGUCCAGAUGCUAACUACUUCCUUCUCAACUGCAAAGGUCCCGGUGUGCCACACACAGCCGUUUACAGCACCAGAGACGGAGAGUAUGAGAAGCUGCUGGAUGUGGAGCUCAAUAAGCAGUUGAACACCACUGUGAACAACACGCAGAUGCCCAAAGUAGAGUACAAAAAGAUCAGCAUAGAUGACUACUGUCUGAACAUGCAGAUUGUGAAGCCAGCGGGGUUUACAGAGACAGCUCACUACCCCUUACUGCUGCUGGUGGACGGCACCCCUGGUGGUCAGAUGGUGACAGAGCAGUUCCAGGUGGACUGGACCACGGUGCUGGUCAGCUCCUUCAACACCAUAGUCAUGCGUCUGGACGGCCGUGGCAGUGGCUUUCAGGGCACAAACCUCCUCCACCGCAUCAGAAAGAAACUGGGGGAGUUUGAGGAGAGAGACCAGCUGGAAGCUCUUAGAAUUAUCUCACAGCUGCCAUACAUUGACAGCUCAAGAGUUGGAGUUUCUGGAAAGGCAUAUGGAGGAUAUCUGGCCAGCCGACUAUUACGCUCAGAUGAAAAUCCAAAUAUGUUUCAAUUCAAAAUCAAGUGUGGCACCGUCAUCUCCCCCAUCACUGAUUUCUCUUUAUACGCUUCUGCAUUUUCUGAACGCUAUUUAGGAUCACCGCAGUCCAGUAAGAGAGGAUACGAGAUGGCAUGCUUAACAGACCACAUGGAGCAACUGAGGGACAAAAAACUCAUGCUAAUUCACCCGACGGCGGACGAGAAAGUCCAUUUUCAGCACACGGCCAAAUUUAUCAACCAUCUGAUAAAUGAGAAAGCUAAUUAUACAUUACAGAUCUACCCAGAUGAAGGCCACUUCCUUCACUCGAGAGACUCGCAGCUACAUCUGAGUCAAACGCUGGUCAACUUCUUCGUGGAGUGUUUCAGACCCCCAGAGAUACCGACUGAAGAUAAAGUGGAGCAGGACAACGAGGAUGAUGGUUAAAGUUCUACUCAGAUCCAGCACAAGCCAGUUUACAGCCCAAUAUGCAAACUCCUCCUCUCCAUCCCCCCCUCCUCCAUCCCCAUAGUAGUUCUGAUGGCUUCUCCUGAGCCUCUGCAUAGACCACGCCCCUCGACUCUGAUUGGCUCACUGCCUUCAGGAAAGAAUCUGAAUGACUUGGUGAUAUAAGAACCUGUGGAGGUACAUGAUGAACCAAUUCAUACUCACAGCACCACACAAGCAGUGUGAGAAAACCAGCUGGACGUGCGUGAUUCAGUCAAAACUCUUUUGCUUGUGUUCUGUAAUUCAUGCAUUGCUGACAGAAAGCUUUAAGAGACGACAGCACAAUAUACAGAAGAAUGAUUGGCCGGAAUUAAAAGCUGCAAAUUUACUCAAUAGCAUUAUUUUCCCUGCUGUGUAACGUUCUGAUGAGUUCAAACCAGUUUAGGGCCUUUAUUUGGGUAUAAAUGUCCUUGUGAACCCAUUUGUUUCUGUCGUCAAUGUCAUCGUUAUCAGGCCUAUUCAUGCUGAAUUAAUUUGCGCGAAAUAGUUAUAAAACCAUUUCAUAUGUCAGUUGAAUGUGGUAAUUUACAUAAAAAAAUAUUGGAGCUGAACAAAUGUGCAUAAAGCAUUUACAUACAAAUUUAUACAGGAAUUUGUUCUGCUCAUUUCAUGAGGCUAUUUGUUCCAUCAAAUGUGCUACUGUAAAACAGUUGUUGUAACUAUCCACAUCAGCGUCCGCAUGAGGGCACAAUGGCAUAUUGUUCAUUUUUGAAUCGGCCCUUUCUGAAAAGUAGUCUUUUUUUUUAUUUUAGUGCAGCUGCAAAUGGAUAUUCAUUUAGUCACUGUGCCUUAUUGGAGUAAACCUGCUUAAGACAGGCAGUCCAUGAGGUAGGACCAAAAAUUUAUGGACAAAUUAGAAAAAAAAAAAAAAGUUUAGAAGUAAAGUUUUAUGUUAUCAAAGAGAACCAUGCCACAAUCCUGCCAAGAACAUUUUCUUUACAGUCCUGUGUACUAGUUGAGUUGUAAAGUAAUCCAGUAGAUUAACUGUGAAUACAGAAUACAUAGGACUGGUGUCUUUGGGCAGGUCUGUGUUUUAUGUGUCUUGUUUUUCUCAUAUGUGGUUACAAAUGUCGUUGAAGAACGUUAUGCAUAGAAUAUAUUUUCUUGCUCUAUAAUUUGGCAUGGAGGCAAGAUGGUUUCUUUUGUUUUAAUGUAUCUAUUUACGUGUUGUUACUUUUGACAGCUUGAAUGUUCCUAUGUGGUUCCACUGAAUUUAUUGUUGUAAGUGAAAUCCUGUCUUGUAAGCAGACGCACUGACGCGUACAACUGGUUUGGUCCCUACUUGUGUGUACCCUGUACAUAAAGCAUUUUGAAAGCCA